UAGCCCACAGCCGCUUCCUGUCGUUCAGACAUAGGGAGAGAGAGAGAGGGGGAAUGACGCAGAAUGGCGACCGUGCACUGCUCCAAAUGCACGGCAGAAAGGAAAGGGUUUCGGCGGGAACUUGAUUCUUGGCGACACAAAUUGAUACACUGCGUUGGGUUUGAAAGCAUUCUGGAGGGAAUCUAUGGCCCAAUGCUGCUGAGAGACCUCAAUUUAUUUGAUGACUGUGAACCUGAAGAGGUGGAUGACUGGUCCCCAGAAGCAAGCUGCUCUCAAUGUUCAUUCUGCAACCUUCCCCUGGACAAACUCAGUGGCCUAGUACCUGCAGCCACGUCACCCCUCUCCUCCCCCUCUGAUUACUCUCCCUGUCAGGCUCCAACCAACUCUGAGAGCAGCCAAUCAGCGCACAAGUUCCUCCAAGCUGUGUUUCACAAGAAAGAUGUGCCCCUGGGCUGUGAUUCCAACAUCCCUCUGGUUGCCCAGGAGCUGAUGAAGAAGAUGAUACAUCAAUUCGCCAUGGAGUACGCGUCCAAGUGCCUACUCCACACCAGUACAAAUGGUGUUACAACAAGGACCUCGUCACCUUUGUCAGAAACAUCAGAUGUCCCUCUGGACCUCACAGUAAGCCGAACCGAGGAGGAGAAAGAGAGUGAACGUGAACCAGAUGGCGUGCUCGACCUCUCCAACAGGAACUCUGUCUGUUCAGCAACUUCAUCAACAUCCUCAUCUAAUCACAAAGCCUCAGGCAAUUCAUUUACGGAAGAAUUGGGAGAUCUGGGACAGCAAGGGAUUAAGUGUCGUCAGAGCUCUGCGUUGGAUUCUGUUCUUGGCUCACUCUGCCCAUCACACCGUUCCUUACUCAUCCAGAUCCUGAAGCUGGCACACCAGGAAAAAUUGCUGUUGUUCCUUAAUCACAGACCUGUAGGUCAAACUGAAUCUCGCUGCUGUCAUUGCAGUGUAAACCCACAGGAUAAUGUAGUCCCAUUUAGUGAAUGUAAAGGCCAUAACAGCAGCCCGUACUACCCUUUAACUGAUUGUGAUCAUCAAGGUCAUGGCAGCACAAUGGAUCAUCCAGGAGACUGCAAGUCCAAUUGUAGAAUCCAUCACUACCCCUUAACAGACUGUAAAAGUGAAGCUCCUCUGGGUUCAAGCUGCAGGAUGGAAACCUACACUGUUCUUUGCCCCAAGAGGCUGCACUGCAUUUCCUGCCAAAGCCUGGCUGUAGGGUGUAUUAACAACAUAGUGUGUUCAUUUGCUUCCUCUCCUUCAUUAACCAAAUCCCCUUCACUUUGCACUCCCUCCUCUAGUUUAUGCCCUUCCUCAUCAACCUGCUGUAACCAACACAACCCCCACUCUUGUCCCUGUUAUUCAAACCAUGCCUUUCUGACGCAGGUCAGGAACACAAUAGAAAGAGGCGUUGGAGAUGGGGAUCCUCCUUGUCCUGUCCUGAAGAGAGAGCAGAGCCCCUCUCCUCCCACUCUGUCCCCUAUCCCCUUAGACAUCAAUAAGAAAACAGAUGAAAAGCCACCCUCUCUCCUUCACCAUAGACAAGAGGAGGAAUCUGGACUGAUGGUUAAAGAUGGUCUUGGAAAUGCAAGCCACCAGGAAGCAGAUGUGGAUACAGCUACAGAAGAGGAGCAAGAGAGUAGGAUCACAAGAAGUAGUCGGGCUGAGCAGAACCCAAGUGGGACUUUACUGCAAGACGUCGUGAAUCGCUUCAGCGAGAAACUGGAGACAAUCAGACCUAUAGAGAAGGACCCACCUCUGGUUUCCACAGCCGUUAAUGUCUCUGAAAAGGAGCAGCCACAGUCUCCCUCAACCAGUCAGAACCUGCAGUUUCAUGCUGAUGCCCAUCUGACUGAAAUCAUCACCACAGUGCUUCACACAGGCAGCGCUAGCGACUACAAUCUCAGUGAGCUGUUCAAUCGGCAUGAUAGCAAAGAGCCCAAGUCACCUAAUACCCGUUCCCGUCGUCGCCAAGAAGUCCUUACUGCUAUGGCAACACCCGCUGAUGAUGCUUCAACCAGAAGGCAUACCUUACAAAUUAAACGAGAGCUUGCCAUGUUUGACCAGUCCUACAGUAGGAGAAAGCUGCCACUAGCAAAGAGGGCAAGAUUGAAAGAUGGAAAGGUUACUGUAACUACAUCACACACUUUAUUAGAUUCAAACCUAGUUAAAGAAGAGUCUAAAAGAGCAGUGGAAGUAGCUGUAGAACCUGUAGAGAAUCAUAGAGUUAGGGAGGGACCACUGAACAUUCUCACUGCAGAAAAUGACAGGGAGGAAGUGAAAGAAGAGAUACAGACAGUUAUAGUAACAGAAGAAGUUCAGAACAUUAAAACAGAGGAGAAAGAAAGGGAAAUAUCCAGUGAGGAAAAAGAUCUUACUCUCUCAGGCACUCAGAUACCCACGCCUGACCUGCAGAGCAAGUAUGGCAAACAAGGCUCAAAGGGUGACUGUGUACAAACACAGAUGAUGACCUCAGCAAAACAGUGUGGCAGGCCCUGUAAAGAAGAUGGUAAGGGUAGCGGUGCUGGAAGUGAUAGGAACCAUGAGGAAACCCCAUCAGGUCAAAGCUCUGACAGUAACGAUAAAACAGGCAAAGGUAAAGAUUGCCAUAGUCCUAUUAGAGUGAGGCAGAAAUGUCAAUCACACCACUCCAAGGAGGCAAGGAAAUCCAGGAGAAAUAUAGUCCCUCCACAGCGGUUCUCCUCCUAUGUCACAGAGCCCAGGAAGAUGUUCUUUGUUGCAUGUUUCUCUGAAAGCAUCUUUAACCAGAGAACACAAAAGGACAAGGUUUUGACAUCUAACACCCUGGAUGCCUUAUCCAAAGAUCCAGAUGCUAAGGACACCCAGCUGGAAUCAAGAAGUGAAGCCCCUCUGUCCUCACCUGAGCACACAUGGAAGCUUGCCUUUGAAUCAACACACAAAUGUGGACCAUCUUACAAAGAGUCAAAAGGUCUUUCCACGAACCAGGUCUUUCCACAAACUGUGGCAGCCAAAGAGAAGAGUCCUACAAAACACAGCUCGGACAAUAGGACAGAUGGCAGCGACUGUGCUGCUAAACCUUUUGGAAGGCUACGAUCAUCUCCAAAAAGACUACAGGACUCCAAGACAACUUCAAGAACUCCCAAAAACACAUCAAAUAUGGAAGUUACCAUUAAGUCUGCUACCUGUGUUGAGAGCCGCCCCAACUCCCAAGUCCAGUACACUAGUCCAAUUAAGCUCAUGUUUGUAUCACAAGUAAAGGAUAAGGAAGGAGUCAAAUAUAGUCUCAAAUCAGCAGGCUUUUGUUCUAGUGGACAAGCAGAGGAACCCUUUGACCCAUGUGAAGAAUUUUCAUGGUCAGGGACACUUCAGAAACCCAAAAGCCAGAGCACUGAGUCUGUUACUUCACGAGUAAAAUCUAUUUAUUCACCACUAAAGUCUGCUACCUCACCUGCAAGAACUGCUGCUUCUUCACCACCCAAGUCUGCUUCCUCACCACCCAAGUCUGCUUCCUCACGACCCAAGUCUGCUUCCUCACGACCCAAGUCUGCUUCUUCACCACCCAAGUCUGCUUCUUCACCACCCAAGUCUGUUUCUUCACCAGCCAAGUCUGCAUCCUCAAGACCCAAGUCUGCUUCUUCACCAACCAAAUCUGCUUCUUCACCCAAGUCAGCUUCCUCAUCGCCUAAAAUAGGUUCCAGAAGAUCAGGUGAAGGUACUCCAACCAAGCGUGCAGCUGGAACUGAGAGCCAGAGAUCAUCAGGUGACUUACUAUCUUUCCAUGAAACCACUCCUCCAAAAAGGCGUCCGGGUCGACCAAAGAAACUGGGACCACAGCUUGAGCAAAAAGUGAAGAGGCCAAUUGGUAGACCACGCAAGCAGAAGGCUGUGGAUUCAAUAAUGGGGGCAAAAGGGGUAAAUGGAAAAUCUGUUUUACCAUCUGACUUUGAGGAGAAUGUAAACAAGAACCUCAAAAUAACAGUGGUAUAUGGCCGUUCAAGGAGAAACAAACGAACGGUGUCUGAGGGCUUUGAUCAGCUGCAAACAGAAUUCCAUGAUGCUUGGCAAGCAGUGGGCCUUAAAAGUGACUUGGGCAUUUUAAUGCACAACUCUAAGACCAGCUCAGGUAGUAUCAAAACACCCUCAACAGAAUUGUCAGAGGAAUUAAAUUUUGUCAGCCCCAUGAAAGAGUCUGCCCCUCAAUCUAGCAGUAACAUCAAAUGUCAGAAGCAGGAUGACUCUGUACCCUCAAGGAAACCAGGUAGACCUGCAAAAGUUAAAAUCUCUGGAAUCUCAGUUACAGUAACCACAGUGUCACCUCGGCAACGUAAAAUUCAGAUAAAUAAGGAUACUCGGCAGUCUCCUGAAACACUAAUUCAUAAGAAAGUACUUCUACCAGAAUUCAAAUCUGCCAAAGAGCCCUGGACAAUCAGUCGUCAAUCAACAAGCAAAAGCAGUCAAACAGAGGAAGGGAUAGAAACAAAGGAUGAAAGUAAAGAUGAACUGCCAAAUCAACGUGUAGCAGUGCGUCACUCAAUGAGAGUGAGAAAGCCCUCAGUCCACUUUCUGCACGCUGUUGCCACCUCCACCUCUAGAUCAUACAGCCACAGUAAUGCUCUGCUACGGCGCUCUAAACAACUUCUACUAAACAAGGCCAGCAAUGAAAGGAGACAGGGGGAGCAACAGAGUAGUGUAGAACCUUCAGGGGAGAAAAGAAAGCUCUAUGGACAAGAGAAGAAGAACAUCUCUCACGACCUGAACAGGGUGGCAGGGGUGUCUGUAGACUCAAUCUUUACCCCCAAAGAGACACUAAGGUGGUGGGCAGCAUCAGCCGAGGAAAAGACUAUGAACCAGGAGCUUGCCAGGCGAAUACGACUCAUCUCUGACACCUGGGUCUCAGACGCUGCGGAGAACCAAGAAAAAGAAAUUGCCUUUAAUUCUAAACUAGGCACUAAAGGCAAUAGUUCAUUUACCAGGAAGUCAAAACAUUCCUCUGUUGUUCGAACACUGUUCGACUGUCCUCCUAACAAACCAAGGUCCUGUAGCAUGCAACAGCUCUGUUCCUGGUUUAUGCAGACCACAGAGACACAGUCUCUGGCUAUUGUCAAGAAGGCAAGCUCCCGUAACCCUUAUGAACUUAUGCACUUCCCUCGUUCUGCCAAUAAAAAAAGUGUUUGCCACAGUCCUCAGGCAGAGCGACUCCGCAAACACAUCAAGAAAUUUGCCAAAACUGUGCCAAAAAGUCCUCUGCAACAUCAACAGGCUCAAAAAAGGUUGAGGAAGUUGAAUAUGGCACCUCUAUCAACACAUAAUAUUAGGCGACAACUUUUUACUCCCAGAUUUGCAACAGGCAGGCUCAAUCAAGGAGUCCAAUGGAGGAGAAGCAAAGCAUUCGGCAAAUACCAGGCCACUCUAUUUAGAGCAAGGACGAGGUUCCUGACUUGGAAAGAAAGGGAGAGUUUACGAAAGAGGCAGAUGAAUAAGAAAAACAUAAAAGUACCUACAAGUUGCUCAAAUGGACAUGUAGUGACUGGACAACAACCAAAACGUAAAGCAUUAUGGAGAUCAGCAAAAUAUCAAUUAUCUGACUGUUUGGAAAACAGUUCUGCCACCAGUUCUGUUGACCAAACUCAGGAGCCUGUGGAUGUACCCAAAGAGCAGAACCUCUGCUCUAAAGCCUGGAGUCCUGAGACACUGAAGGAAUGCCGGGUGUUUCUGAGGAAGAUCAACUCUCCAGACAAUGAAUCAGCUGAGGAAGAGUGGGACUCCUGUACUGUGACACUGGAUGACGGGUCACCUUCUGCAUACCUGUUUGCAGGAAGGGAGAGAGAACUGGUAGGAGUUGUUAAAGCUGUGAAUACUGAAAGAAAAAGGAGCAUGAAUAGGACUGCCACAAGAGAGCUAGCAGGUUCUGCACCUAAAUCAGUCCAGGAGCAGGAUGAGAUACCAGUGGAGAGGCAGAAAGGCAAAUACAAAAGUCCUGGGGUUGUGUCUACUGAACCACCACAACCACCACCAGCAAAAAUGUUGAGACAAUCGCGAAUGAGGGGCCUAACCGGGCCGAGAUGGUGUGACUUUGUGUUUGAAAACUAAAUGAAGCAUGAGGCCUCCUCCUACCUGGGAAAGGGACUGUGGUUUAACGUGGUGCCUUUGGACAAUGAGCUGACCCCGUGGACUGACCAUUCCACUAUGGUUCAGUCUCACACUCAGCAAUUAUGUAGCAGUCUAACUUAACAAAAGCUUGAUGUUGCACUAUUUUUAUCCAUGGAUAUGUAUGUACAGAAUGUUUGAUUUUUUUGAUUAUUUUUUGGUCAACUUGCCUUUGUCUUUUUUGAACGUGUAUAGUAGAUCAAAUCAUUACAUCAGAGUUUUAAUGGGAUAAGUGCUUAAACAGUGAGCCCUGUCAGAGUGGCUGUAUUGGAAGGAAAGACAAAGCUUGACUGCAUGAAGACAGUGCCAUCUCCUUGGGAACAUACCUCAUUAUCAAGGCCACCACUUCUUUCAGACAAUGACAUUCUUUGUAAAUCUAAACCUGAAACCAGUAACAAUUUUUAAUACUUUAAAUCAUUGUCUCCACCAUAAAAAUGUACAGCUCUAAAAUAUUUAUAGUCACCCUUACUUUGGCACUGUUUAAAUUCCAAAUUGCAAAUUUAAUCAUUUGUUUUGUAUUUUAAAUUUGAUGAAAGUAUAUUGAAAUUUAAUGACAUUCUCUUGAUCCGAGCCUUGUUUGCAAUAUUUUUCUUUGAUGCUUCAGUCACUGUUGUGUUGCAAGCCUGUUGCCAAAAACAUGGAUUGAAUGAAGGAAUCUUUUGUAUCAAACAAGCCCCAUCUUUACCCCGAUUCACUAUCUGUGAAUGGGCCCCAACUACAAAAUUGUGUAUUGACUACAGUAAUUGGCCCUCAGCCUGUACUAAAACCAAAUAUUUGUAUGUCAAUAUUUCUUUUAAAGUAUUUUUCAAACAAUAUUUGCAAGUCAACAUACAUGUUCUAAAUGACUACAUAUUCAGCCCCAACACCCCACAAAAUAGAUGUAUGUGAAGUGAUGAAGAAAAUGGCAUUAUGCAGUGGUAGAAAGUAGAUUCUGAUUAAUUUGUUGGUUUGUGAGAUCUGUCUUGUUUUUAUUCAGUUAUCUUUAUGUGAUUGUCUUCUUCUUUUCACCCAAAGCGCAUAUACUGUAUGUUGGUGUCAGAUCUGCUUCUUGCACUGUUCCAUCUGAGAUUAUUCAUCCCACUACACAGAUUCUUCCCCCAUAUUUUGCACAUCCCGUGUCCCACUACCAAACCCUACUGUAAAACUAGAGAAUAUAUUUGGUGCAAUACAAACCCAGAUGAUUUAUCAGUAUGUAGUAAUUAUUUUAUUGCUGACAGACGAAUGGAUGUACGCAAGUACCAGUGGCCUGGGAUGUUACUUCAGUUGUUUCCAUAGCCAUGUAAUGUGAUCUUGAGGAUAUUGCUAUACAAACUUUUUUUUCCCACUUGCUUUGUUCUCCUCAGUGAAGCAGAAAAAUAACAGAUCCUUAAUUGUUAUAAUAGCAUUAAAUAGUUUUUUAUCAUAAAUGUACUAGCAUUAUUACUGUUUAAAUGCAGGUGGGAAAUGUGUUGCUGUUAAGGUUUUCCUUUCUUGAUUUUGUUUUUCUCAAGUUGCAGCAAGAGACUGCUACCUCCAUUGGGGCUCAGCUAGGCCUACUGCUCUUUUGCUUAUCUGUGUGAUAGACAAGGCCAGACAGAUGAUCAGUAAACACUAAUCUUGGAUCAAUAUCAUGUUUUCCUACCCUCUAAAGAUCCAAGAUGUCUGGCUGUAGGUCAAAACAUAAACCUGUAGUGUGUGUCUGACUACCCCUUGUAUGUAUCUCACUAUGGUUGCCAUUUCAACACAAUGGCCAUAGGGCGGCUCAGUCUUGUGAUAAAUAACCAUCAGCCCUCUGUUGAAGAACCUGGUGCUAAACAUCUGUUGUGUAUUUUCUUUAUCAUGUGUUUUUAUACUGUCCAUUACAGAUGCAACAAAGACGUGUCUGUGUUUGGAACAAUAAAGAGUCUUUUGAAUUAA